UUACGCCUGUCUACAUUAUUGUAUAGUGAUGUCGCGAUACUUGCACGUGCUAGAUUAACAGAAAUGGUAUUUUAAAAUCACGUAAAAUUUUCAAUAUUACUAAGAUAUUAUUAAAUUAUGGAUUCUUGGAUUAUUAUAUCAGUCCUUGGAUUGUUCCUGCAAAGCAGUGUAUCAGCGAUCUGGUCGUGUAGAGAAGAUAGAGAAUGUGCCAGUCUGGUCGGCAGCGUCUGCAGAGAAGGAUCCUGCUUAUGUCCUCCAGGACAGCAGUCAGUGCUCGGUGGUACAGUCUGUGCUGAUUUAUCGCCAUACUUUUUCUCAACCUGCGUAGAAGAUCAUCAGUGUUUCAGAUUAUUCAACAACUACGAAUGUAGACGAAACGAAAAUGCCACAGAAGGUGUAUGCGACUGCAGAGAAGGUCAUCAUUAUUUAUACGGGAGAUGUUGGAGGUCAUCCGACUUCGGAGAACCUUGUACGAGGAACGAAGAAUGUCUAAGCACGAUAAGGAAUCCUUUCAGUAUGAUUUGCAACACUACAUGUGUUUGUGCUGAAGGUUAUUAUUUGAGACAGAGAGGAGAAUGCAGGAAACGAGGACUUGCUGUUGGAGAUGGUUGUGUUGUAAAUGAAGAUUGCCAGUUUUCUAACGGAGCCUGUGAUGUGACCUCUUUUAGAUGUUAUGAUGUCAAUGAUGUAAAUGCUACCAAUCCAGAAGCACUAGGAUUAGAAUUAGAAAAUGACAAUUCUAACAAGAUGGCGGACGUAAUAGAACAAGAUGGCGGAAUACUUACAUGUGACGCUGUCAACAAAUGUCCCCAACCUUACGAAUGUUCGCCAUUCGGAGUGUGUAUCUGUCCUUUAGGAUAUUAUGUUGAAGGGAAUUCGACUUGUUUAGCUGAGCUCGCGUCGCCAUCGACUGAAGAGCAAUGCGCGGGUCUGCUAGCGGUAGUCGUGGACGGCGUCUGUACUUGCCCACCCAAUUUCUUCUUUGAUAGAAACAUGAGAGAUUGUGUAAGAGUAACACGUCGUUUCAACGAGUCAUGUGUGACUGAUGAUAAUUGCCAUACUUUCGGUGCGGCGUCCCGUUGUGGACCUCCUCAAGCUCCCUGGGGAUUCAGGACCUGUGAAUGCAUCCCGGAAUACGCAGUUUGGGACGCAAGAAGAGAUAUGUGCAGGUUGUUCGCUGGUCUUGGAGAAACGUGCGAAGUGGACAGCGAUUGUUUGGCUGGUGAAUUAGAGAUUCAGUGUGUACAGAAUGAAGUUGGCCAGGGAUACUGCACGUGUCCUGAUGACUUACAAGAAGUCGAUGGUUUAUGUCUUACUACAGGACUGGAGCUAGGAGAUGCCUGUCAAGUAACAGCUGAAUGUACGGGCGCAGAGCACGCGGUCUGCGAGAAUGGCCGCUGUGUUUGCGGCGACGGAUAUCAAGAAGACGGAAACUUAUGUGCUCCUGUGAUUGGUGGUAUUUGCUUAUUGGAUACUGACUGCGUGAUUCCUGAAACCAUCUGUCAAAACAACAACGGUACUCAAACAUGUCAAUGCCGCGAUAGCUUCGUUGAAUACGAUGAUCAAUGCUGGCCAGAAUCUCUAGGACAUGGUACCGUUUGUAAUGUGACAGCACAAUGCACGUCAGUAUUGGGAGAGUUCAGCUCAUGUUUGGAUGGACGUUGCGAAUGUAUGAAUACAUUCCAUUACAAAGAUGGCGGUUGCUGGCCUAUGACAGGUCUUUUCGAAGCUUGCAGUCGCAGCAGUGAAUGUUACUUAGCGGAUAUAACAGACAGAGUGGUAUGCAGGAAUGGACUAUGUCAAUGUGGAUUUGAUUUCCCAUACUCUGAACAACUGCAUACCUGUACCUCUUCUGGUACAAGAUUUGCAGUCAGUUUCGCCACAUUCGCUAUUUCUUUAAUUUACACUAUUUGUAAUUAAAUUUAAGAAUCUUUUUGUUAUUGUAUUUAAAAAAGGAUAGAGUAAACAUUUCUUUGGUAAAUACAUAAUUUACGUAAUAACAGUAAUUAACUGAUGACAGCUUCAAAUUUCUAAACCCGGUAGCUGAUUUUUCGGUUACUAAGUUUGUGUUCGCGAUAUCUUCUAAGCUAUUAGUCCAAUUUAAAUACUGUAAAGGACAA